AUGGUCUUUUGGUCUGAACCAGAUCUGGAUCAAAUCACGGAUGAGUUUCUGAUGUUGAUGCUUGAUCGUAGGGAAUUCAUUGAUAGGUGGACAAUGUCUGUGGAAAUGGAAGUGGCACAAUCACAGACAAGAGUGGUCGAUUCUAUCCCUGCAACUCCUCCCAUUACGGAUGUUCCGAAGCGCGAGGAUCCGUUAUUGUCGUCAUUUGAGGAGCUCAUGCAUGCAGUAGACGCUUCAUCGCAGACCUUUUUAUCAUCGGCGGACUUCACUAUCUGUCAUUGCGAGCCUGAGCAUAAUCGAGAUGCUUCCUUACUCUUUGCCGCACGACUUCAGAUUGAUAGGAUUGCCUCAAGGAAAGCUGAUAGCAAACGGCUUGGGACUACAGCAAGACGUUUGUUGCAAUUAGUGCGGUUAUUCAUAACCAGAAUUUCUUCAGCAUUCCAAAUAUCAAAUACCUCCGCAUUUGCUACAUCGUUAUGUGAUAUGCUGUAUACUUUCUGCGAUUGUGCCUCUCACACCGUCCUCUCAACUGAACAAAGUGCUGUUUCGGAGUUACGACGUGCCGUUGAUGAUUUUAAUGAAAUCGUUGUCGAAAAAUUGUCAAAGGCUGCUUUCGAAGCUCAGUGCGCACGGCGAAAUGCAGCAAAACCUGCCCGUCAGCAAUAUUUCAGUCCUCAACCUGCACGCUUACGGCGGCCACUUGUUCAAAUUCAACAACGGAGCCCUGGGUAUUUACUACCUCCUGAUUUAUUGAAGAAGCGUCAAAAACUCACCCGGACCCGCAGUGUUCCAUCAAUACGACCGAUAAUUUCAUCUGGUGCUGCCUUUUCUGCUAAAGGUACCACUUCUCAGCCAUCGACUCAGCAAGAUACUGUUGGAGAGAGAAAAACUGGUGCUUCAGUGAAGGUCAAGCCGGUUCCAAAUAAGUCCGAAGCUACCAGCGAUAGAGACCAAAAUGAAUUAGCUAUACGUCUUGCUCGGAAAAUAAGCAGAGAAUGGACAUUGGGAUGCUCGGGAUUUGAACUUCUAGAGCCGUCUGGGAGAAGAGGAGCACUGGAGCUCUGGCAAUGA